AUGAUGAAUGAACUCAUAAUACUAGGGUUUUCUCUAUUAACAAUCUUGUUGCACAAAUGGAGCCGAAGACUAAGAAAGCACCCUCUUCCACCGGGCCCGACGGCCUACCCAGUCGUCGGCUGCCUCCCACAGAUGGUGAGGAACAAGCCAACAUUCCGGUGGAUGCACAACUACAUGCAAACGUCCCAAACCGAAAUCGCAUGCUUUCGCCUCGGCAGCGUCCACGUCAUCACCGUCACCUCUCCACACCUUGCUCGAGAGUUCUUCAAGGAGCACGACGCGGUUUUCUCCUCUAGGCCGGAGACCAUGUCAACGAGGCUCACCACCAACGGCUACCUCACGGCGGUUCUCACGCCAGCCGGUGAUCAGUGGAAGAAGAUGAAGAGAGUGGUAGUCUCUGAGGUGCUCAAGAAUGAUGUCUACCAAUUGCUUCAUUCAAAGAGAUGUGAAGAAGCUGAUCACCUCGUUCGAUAUGUCUACAACCGGUGCCAGGGGGACGGGGUUUUGAAUGUGAGGGAGACGGCGCAGCUCUACUGUGGCGGGAUGAUUAGGAAGAUGGUGUUCGGGGAGAGGUUUUUCGGGCGUGGGAUGGAGGACGGGGGGCAGGGAGUCGAAGAGGCGGAACACAUGGAUGCGUUAUGGACUGUUUUGAUGCACACUUAUGGAUUUGCAAUUAGUGAUUUUGUACCUUUCUUGGAGGUGUUUGAUUUGGAUGGACAUAAAAAGAUUGUUACAAAUGCACUUUCUUGCAUGAAGAAGUAUCAAGAUCCAAGGAUUGAUAAAAGGGUUGAGAUAUGGAGAAAUGGUAGUAGAAACACCAAGGAAGAUAUUCUUGAUAUCUUGAUCAACCUCAGAGACUCCAACGACGAUCCAUUGCUAUUUGCACAAGAGAUCAAAGCUCAGGUUAAUGAAAUAAUCCUUGCGGCGAUUGACAAUCCAGCAAGUGCAGUUGAGUGGGCCCUGGCGGAGAUGAUGAUUGAGCCCAGUUUCCUUGAUCUGGCCUCGAAAGAGAUAGAUGAAGUCGUGGGCCGAAAUAGACUAGUCCAGGAAUCGGAUUUGCCUCAACUUAACUUUAUAAAGGCUUGUGUGAAGGAGGCAUUUAGACUGCACCCUGUGACGGCUUUCAACCUUCCGCAUGUAUCGACCGUUGAUAGUGUUGUGGGCGGUUAUCACAUACCGAAAGGAAGCCAUGUCAUGUUGAGUCGUCCCGGCCUAGGACGGAACCCUAACACUUGGGACGAGCCGCUUAGGUUCAAACCGCAGCGCCACACGGGACAAGUAGUGCUUCAUGAUCCUCAAUUGCAAAUCUUGUCAUUUAGUACAGGGCUACGAGGUUGUCCGGCUAUUAAGCUUGGUUCUACUAUGGUAACCAUGCUUUUAGCUAGACUUAUUCAGGGUUUUACUUGGACUCCAUCGUCUCAUACCUCGCUUGCUCAUCUCGUCGAGGCCGAUUCUCAUAUCUUAUUGGCUCAACCAUUGAUUGCACAUGUCACACCGCGCUUGGACACACAACUUUAUCAUCAAAUUUCCUAA